AUGAUACUAAGUCAAUUGAUUAAUAUUUUUAUACUUAUUAUAUCCACAUUGGCUAAUUUUGGGAUAUGUGAUAAUAUGUCAAUGAAUAUGGACGAUACUUCCGCAUAUACAAGACCAGAUAUUCAAGAUGCUGGGAACAGGACGUUCCAUUGGUUGUGUUGUGUAUUUCUACUAUUUUUACUUCCAUCAGUCUCUGCUAGUUAUUCUUUUGCUGGUCGAAUAAAUGUUUCUAUGUUUUUGCAAAUAAUUAGUUGUAUUUAUUCUGUUGUGGAGGCUUUGUUUCUCAGAUUCAGUGAUAAUGAUGGUGUCGAGAACCGAACAUCAAGAGGGUCGGCAUGGUCAAUUCUUAUACUCUUAGGUUUAUCUUUAUUCUUUGGUGGAUUAGCUAGUGGCACUGGGUUGUUAAUUAAAAACAAGUUGUUACAAACCUUUAUUUCAAAUACAGGAGAAUCACGUCUAAAAUAUGCCCAUAAUGCAUUAUCAUUUCUCGUUGUGAUAAACGGUUUCACUAAAAGUUGUUUAGCACCUGUGGCUAUGUUUGGAUUUUGUAGAGAAAGUCACACAGGUCAAUGUAUAGCUCAUGGGAUUAUGGGUAAUGCCUUUGUAUUAUAUGGUUUUAUCUAUGCAAUGGUUCUGGUGAUACCUUCAAUUCGGAACAACAAGGGUCCUUACUCGCAAGAUUACAUAGAUAGCUGGGUCAUGUGUUUGUGGGGCAUCGUGAACACCUUUACUGAACACAGAUGGGGCCGAGAAGGCUGGAAUCAUGGUGAUUAUCAACAUACAGCAAUGGGAAUUAUCUGGUGGGCAGGUGGGUUAUUAGGCAUUUUUUUGGGUAGAGGAGGCAAGAGAACAUUUGUUCCUAGUUUAUUAAUUAUUUUUACUGGUUGGGCUAUGUCCGAACAUUCGCAACACUUGAUAAUUAGCACAAAAGUUCAUUAUUUCUUUGGCUUGAUUCUAAUGGUUGGUGGAAGUCUACGAAUAAUAGAAAUAUCGUUUCUCUUGAAGGAUCAGAGAACCCUGGAUAAAAUCUAUUCAUUUCAAUAUUUAGCUCCUUUCUGUUUGGUUUGUGGUGGAAUAUUAUUUAUGGGCGCCAGCGAAGAACAACUUGUAUUAGUUUUAAGACUAGGAGCAGACCAUAGUGCAUAUCUUCUUGUUGCUGUAGCUGCUGCAUUUCUACUUUACUUAUGGAUGCUGCUCUGUCUGGAAUUAUAUAAUCAUUUAGCCACUCAACAAGAAAAGGGAUUUUUAUCAAAUUAUGCAUCGACAUUACCAAGUCAUAUGGUGGAUAUUGAAAGUUCAACUGUAUCUAACCAAGAUGAUAUCGAUGAUGACAUCGAUUUUGAGUUAGCCUCCAAUUAA